GUACCUAAUUUAAACAGUUUCUGUUACUGUAAGAAUAUUUUAAAUAAUGAGUACAUCAGUAGAAGAUUUGUAUUUACAUUUCAGGACAUUUAAAUAUACUCAAAUUCGUAUAAUUUAAUGAAUAACAUAUGUCAUCACCUUCUGUAAAUUACAUUCUUUAGAAAAUUACAUUAAUUCCACGGAUGAAUCUGUCUGUAGGGAUGAAUUUUUUGCUUAGGCUUUUCGUGCUGAACAUUAUCCAUGUAGUUUUUUUUAAAUUUUAAGUACUUUUACGUCUUUUAUGCACUCACGUCUAUGGUGAUGGCAAUGAUGGGACACGAAAUCCCUCAGGAGUGACCGUGACCGUUUAUGUCGCAUAUACCGUUAUGAUGUUAUAACCUUGAUGAACUAAUCACUUUCAAUCGUUUAUCAAAGUUCAAUCGUUCAUAAGAAAGUAUAUAGUAAACAAAUUUGCAUGAUCGUCUUCCGAUGCUACCUCAGAUUGUUGCAAUGAAGGAGCUGAAUGAAAUCAUUGCUGCUUGUGGUAAGAAGCGUACCGUUCGCAGGGAACAGAUCGAACAUCUGCAUGAAUUACAGUCCAUAGCCGACACUCACAAUCUUGGCCCAGCAGUAGCUGUGAAGAUCAAAUUUUCUAUAGUAUCAUCGAUCUUUGAUUACAAUCCGAAAGAGUCGGACGCGAUGAAGCCCGAGUAUUGGUCGAAGAUAUUGGAGUGUAUCACGGAGAUGCUCGAAAUGUUAUUAAGCACGAAGGACAUCAUCAUUGCUAAGGUUGUGUCCGAGAAGGAAGAGGAGUACGAAAUGCCUCCGUACAAGAUACACGGUUGUAUUUUGACAUUGGUGGAACGUUUGGAUGAAGAGUUCAUCAAACAGUUGAAAGAAUGCGACCCACACAGUAACGAGUAUGUGGAGAGGUUGAAGGAUGAGAAACAGGUGUCCGCUAUAAUAGACAAAGUUCACGAAUAUCUGGAGAGGCAGGGAACCGUCUCCGAACUUUGUCGCGUGAACUUGCAUAAAAUCGAGCAUCUGUAUUACAAGUUUGAUCCGAACGUCCUCAAACAAAAAGAGGGAGAGCUUGGUUCGGACGUCGAAACAUCCGUGCAAGUCAUGGAGAAGCUUUGUAAAUACGUAUAUGCUCACGACGGCGCGGACAGGCUCAGAACCCGUGCGAUCCUCUCGCACAUCUAUCACCACGCCCUUCACGACAACUGGUUACAAGCGCGCGAUCUGAUUCUGAUGUCCCACUUGCAAGAAACUAUCCAGCAUUUUGAUCUGGCCACGCAAAUUUUAUACAACAGGACGAUCGCCCAGCUGGGCUUGUGCGCAUUCCGCCACGCGAAUAUCAAAAAUGCCCAUAACUGUUUGGUCAAUUUGAUGGUCACUGGUAAGGUGAAGGAGCUGCUGGCGCAAGGCCUGCUGCCUCAGAAGCAACACGAGCGCAGCAAAAAGCAGGAGACGAUCGAGGAACAGAGGCCUUUCCACAUGCACAUCAACCUGGAGCUUUUGGAAUGCGUUUACCUGGUAUCCGCGAUGCUCAUUGAGAUCCCGUACAUAGCCGCGCACGAGUUCGACGCGAGGAAAAGAAUGAUAUCUAAGAUUUUCUACCAGCAGCUGCGAUCCAGCGAACGUCAGUCGUUGGUAGGGCCACCGGAGUCGAUGAGAGAUUACGUGGCCGCCGCUGCAAAGGCGAUGCGUAACGGGAACUGGCUGGCUUGCAAUAAUUUCAUUAUCAAUGAGAAGAUGAACGCCAAAGUCUGGGAUCUCUUCUACCAGGCGGGCAAGGUUCGCGACAUGCUCACAAGACUGAUCAAACAGGAAGCGUUGAGAACGUAUCUGUUCACUUAUUCUCACGUGUACGACUCGAUCUCCUUGUCGAAACUGGCGGAGAUGUUCCAGCUGAAACAACCCAUUGUACAUUCCAUCAUAAGCAAAAUGAUCAUAAACGAGGAGCUGAUGGCGUCGCUGGACGACCCGAUGGAGACCGUCAUGAUGCAUCGCAGCGAGCCCAAUCGACUCCAAUCUUUGGCGCUCCAGCUCACCGACGAGGUAAACAACCUCGUCGAUUCCGACGAACUCAUCUUCGAAAUGAAGCAAGGAAACUUCUCGAGAAGGAACCAAAGACACUUCCGCAACAGACGAAACUACAAUCGGCAGAAUCGACCGCGACAGAUUUCGUAAUAGGGAAGACAAUCGAAAUCAUUGAAUCAUGAACUAAACUGAAUAUUAUUUACGUGGGUGUAAAUAAUGUUGGAAAUAACAGUAUAUAAGAUAAUCGUAU